GCUUGUGAUAAUUACUCCCUCAAUUCACAUUUGAUUUGAGUUACAGUUUUAUUUUCUUUAACGAGAGUGAGUGGGUAGUAGUAGCAUAGCAAUUAGCAUGUGUGGGUUUGUUGCUCCAUUCUUCUCACUUCAUUUAUCAGUGACUCAGCUUUGUGUGUACUAACAAACUUUUGAGCCCCUUUUCUUCAGUCUUUCUCUCUUGAUUUGGGAUUUUGCACUGCUCAAGAAGAACAGUUUAGAGCAAUAAGUAGAAAGAAAAUGGCAGGAGGUGGAGCAGCUCCAGCAGCAAAGGCAAGUGAACCAGUGCCACAUCCACCAAAAGAUCAACUUCCCAAUGUUUCUUACUGCAUUACUAGUCCUCCCCCUUGGCCUGAGGCUAUUCUUCUUGGAUUUCAACAUUAUCUUGUUAUGCUUGGUACCACGGUUAUCAUUCCUACUGCUCUUGUUCCCCAAAUGGGAGGUGGAAAUGAGGAAAAAGCCCAAGUUAUUCAGACAUUGCUACUUGUUGCUGGGCUAAACACCUUGUUGCAGUCUAUCUUUGGGACCAGACUGCCUGCUGUGAUUGGAGGGUCUUAUACCUUUGUUGCACCUACAAUCUCGAUUAUCCUUUCUGGACGAUGGAGUGAUGAAGACCCUGUAUCGAGGUUCAAGAAGAUAAUGCGGGCCACCCAAGGUGCAGUUAUUGUUGCUUCAACCGUUCAGAUUGUCCUUGGCUUCAGUGGUCUCUGGCGCAAUGUUACAAGGUUAUUGAGCCCUCUUUCAGCUGUUCCUUUGGUUUCUCUUGUUGGCUUUGGGCUUUAUGAGUUUGGUUUUCCUGGGGUUGCCAAAUGUGUUGAAGUUGGGUUGCCAGAGCUAGUCCUUUUAGUCAUUUUCUCUCAGUAUUUGGCCCAUUUGAUACGCCCAGGGAAGAAUAUCUUUGAUCGUUUCGCCGUUAUUUUCACGGUGGCCAUUGUGUGGAUUUAUGCACACCUACUCACUGUUGGUGGGGCUUACAAUGGAAAGCCACCAAAGACACAAGCAAGCUGCAGAACUGAUCGUGCUGGACUUAUUAAUGGUGCUCCAUGGAUUAGUAUUCCUUACCCCUUCCAAUGGGGACCUCCUUCAUUCGAAGCUGGUGAAGCUUUUGCUAUGAUGAUGGCUACUUUUGUUGCCCUUGUAGAGUCCACUGGUGCUUUCGUUGCAGUUGCAAGAUAUGCAAGUGCCACUCCCUUGCCACCAUCCAUACUUAGCCGUGGUGUUGGUUGGCAGGUAAACGGGUUUUCUUCCCUAGAAUCCUCCCCCUCCCUCACCCUCUUGUAAAGUAAGCAAAGAAAAGUAAAACAGAAAGUUCUGUUGGAUUUCAUUGAAGUGGAGCUUUACUCGAAAUCAAAUGCAUAGGAUCUUUAGGGAGGUUUAUGUGAAGUAGGAAAAUAGAUUAGGAAAACUACACAUAGUUGGAACAUCAUUUGACCCCUCAAGUAUCACCAUUUUCCACAUGCGCAAGAAUUAUGAAUUGUUUUGGGUAACCCCGACACCCAACUCUACUUUCUUCUCAUUAUACUAGUCAAAAUCUGUGUCCACUCAACCGCAAGUCUGCAACCCUACAUGUCUAAUCUGGAUCAUUCCUUUGUACAUUUAUUUUGAAUCUAAUGCCAGUUUGAGUAAAUUUUGUUACUGAUAUUUCGCAUUGCAUCCACUUCGGGCGUGACGAUACGCGGCAGAUAUGAUAUUUCUUUAGAUAGCAGAUUGUUGGGGCAUAUACUAUUAACCAUGCAUUUGGAUAUAGUAUAUCU